AAGUAUUCUGAAUAUUUACUAAUUACAUAUUCUAUACAUAUACUCGAAGUCAUGGUGAUAUGGUGAAGAAAAAUUCACUUCUGUCAUACAUUAUCUGAAAAGGCAGAGUUGGACCUAGUCUAACAUUUAAUGAUAUAUUUUAUUAUAACACUCAUGGUAACUGCUUGUUAGCCUUUACCAGAGCGCUGAAGUCAUAAAGGAUGGUGUCAAAUGUGCAGGUUUCUUACAAGCAUUCCUGUUUGCUACCUUUAUUUCUUACAUAAUUUACUUAUUUGAAAAACUGAUAGAUGGAAGAAUUACUGUAUAUGUAAUGGCUUAAAUAUCUCUUCCAUUCACAAGUUUUUAUGCUAUUCCCACACAACUUAUGUCUUGAAAAUCUCUAUAUUCAAAUCAUUGGUUAAUUUUUUAAUUAUAAUCCUAACUGGGAUUAUAUUUGUUGAAACAUUAUUACUUUGGCAAUGUAUCCAAAAAAUUUACGAAAUAUAACAAUAUGAAUAGUCUCUCGCCUUUCUAAAUUGUGUAAAAGUUUAAUCAUUCCAUCCUACGAAAAUAGUUAGUUAUACAUUCUAAAAAAAUAUAUACAAAAAUUAAUUCUUAAAUAAGAACUAAUCACUCAGUCCCGUGUUUGCAAUUUUUUCCCUUAUUAUUCUUCUAUUACUCUUCCUAUUUCCCUUUAAUUAUCCUUCCUACUCUAUCAUUUUUAUCCUUCAAUCAUUCUUUCUCCUUCCCCUUCCUAAUCCUCCUCUCAUUCUCUCUUAUUUAUCAUUUAUUAUUCUAUUAUUAUCAUCAUUGAAAAAUCUGAAUACGUGACCCCGUCAUUUCAACCCAAGACCCUCCCUACGUGCUCUAAGUCAACCAAACUCAACUCUACUACCUCCAACCCCCCGAGAAAGCUCAUAAAGAAGAGAAAGAGAAAGGAAAACGAGGGCUAAACGAAGAGAAAGAGAAAAUAGAGGCUAAAAUAAGUGCGCCUUGGAUGUGAGGCUUGUGAGGCCCCCAAGAACCAUCGUCAUACAAACCAUCGGUUCUUACGGAAAAAGGGUGAAAUAUUUAAUCCCCAAUUAUGGCCCAAGCGGAUCAAAUAACGGUUCGGAACUCACCAAAACUGCGAGAAAAGAUGAGCCAAGAGGUAGAAAUAUCAGAAUCACAAGAAAAUGAAAAAAGUAAUUCGGAGAAGAUUGAUGUUUCAGUCAUCAUCCCAGUCCACAACGCAGGCCAAUGGCUCGAUGACUGCCUGGCCUCCAUCAGCCGCCAGCAACACACGCUCAAUGUCGAAGUGUCUUUAUUCUUGGACAGCUGCACGGACAACUCCGAGGGGAUCGUACAAGGCUGGACCACAAAGCUUACGGAACAAGGCUAUGCUGUUGUUACCACAGUCGAGAAAAAUGAAAACCCAAAAGGAGUUGGUUUUGCAAAGAAUAGAUCAGUAGAACAAAGUCAUGGGGAGUUCCUGUGCUUCUUGGAUUCUGAUGAUAUAAUGAAGCCAACAAGAAUUCAGAAGCAAUAUGAAAUGGCAUUCCAUAAUCAUGAGGCUAUUGUAGGCAGCAGAUUUACACGUGACCCUCCAGAUUCAACUCUACGGUACACAAAAUGGGCAAAUGAACUUGAUGAAUCCAAAUUGACUUUACAAAUCUACACCUCCCAUGGUCCUACUGUGAUAAUGCCAACUUGGUUUUGCCAUCGACAUGUUUUUGACAGAGUUGGUGGGUUCAGUGAAGCUGGAAAGGGAACACCAGAAGACCUCAUAUUUUUCUUCAAGCACCUGCAAUUGGGUGGCAAGGUCCUCCGUCACCCCGAUAACCUCCUUGUAUAUAGAUAUCACCCGACUGCAACAACAUUCUCUAUUGAUGAACAAACUAUCUGGAACUUAAGGAUCCAAGAAAUAGAAAAAUGCAUCCUAAGCCAAUGGGAGUCCUUCACCAUCUGGAACGCAGGGAAGCAGGGUCGUAAGUUCUACAGAUCCCUCACGACAGAAAAUCAAAGGAAGGUUAAGGCAUUUUGCGACGUUGAUGUGAAGAAGAUAGGGAUGUGUUAUACUUAUGAGGAAUCCAAGGAAAGGCCUAAGCCCAAAGUGCCAAUCGUUCACUUCAGCCAAAUCAAGCCACCCCUGAUCAUCUGUAUGAAGAUGGAUCUAACUGGGGGAAAGUUUGAAGAGAAUCUAGAAUCUUUACACCUGCAGGAGGGUAAAGAAUACUUUCAUUUUAAUUGAAUAUGUAUAAUACAAUAAAUUUCUUUUUUAUUAUGCAUCUGUUUAAUGUUUUAGCAAAAUACAUUCAACGGUGGUAAACAUAAACUUUUCCCAAAUUGAAGGCAAAAAAAAAAAAAAAAAAAGAAAGAAAAGAAAAGAUAAAAAGGCUAAAAUUGGGAAAAU